GGCUCAGUUCAGGAAGGAGAAAUAAUGGCGACGCUUCUGGGGUCCGACUCCCCCUGUACAGGAGCCAGACGGACACUUUGCACCGGCAAUAUCGUCACCAAAUUCACCACCAGUAAAAUUACUGGCAAGGGAUUCAGCCGAGGCACACAGCUUCCCGGAGGCCUUCUCCAGGAGAGAGAUAAGCGCGCCAAGUGGCAUGGCAUCCCCACUCUGCUGCAGAAGCUCUUCGAGAGCAGCCAUCCCAACAGCGAUCUCUCUCAAGCACACAGCUUUCUCAAGGUAUUAUCAUCCCAGCUGUCCAUGGAGGCCAUGUCCUUUGUCACGGAGGACAGGAAGACCGCUCAGGAAUCCACCUUCCCCAACACGUACACCUUUGACCUCUUCGGUGGAGUCGAUCUGCUAGUGGAGAUCCUGAUGAGACCCACGCUAACUAUGCAGAAGAAAAAACCUAAAAUGAAUGAUGACCUGGUCAAAGACUGCCUUAGUGUUCUUUACAACUGCUGUAUAUGUACGGAGGGGGUCACAAAGAGCCUGGCAGCGAGGGAUGACUUUGUUCUGUUUCUCUUCACCCUGAUGACAAACAAAAAGACCUUCCUGCAGACCGCAACCCUCAUCGAAGAUAUUCUGGGAGUAAAAAAGGAAAUGAUCCAUUUAGAAGGCAUCCCCAACCUGUCGGGCCUGGUCCAAAGCUUCGACCAGCAGCAGCUGGCCAACUUCUGCCGCAUCCUGUCCGUCACCAUCUCAGAACCCGACGUGGGAAAUGACGACAAGCACACACUGCUGGCUAAGAACGCCCAGCAGAAACGCAACGCCAGCCCCUCCCGGGCAGAGGUCAACCAGGUGACUCUGCUGAACAUCCCCGGCUUCAUCGAGCGGCUGUGCAAGCUGGCCACCAGGAAGGUGUCUGAAGCCACCGGGGCGAACUUCCUGCAGGAGCUGGAGGACUGGUACACGUGGCUGGACAACGCCCUGGUGCUGGACGCCCUCAUGCAGAUGGCGACUGAGGAGGCCGAGCAGAGCAGCACAGAGUCGUCCGAUGAAAGCUCCCUGUCCACCAGCCCUCUGAGGCAUCGGCUGCCUCAGUCCAUGAAGAUUGUCCACGAGAUCAUGUAUAAAGUUGAAGUGCUGUAUGUGCUCUGUGUCCUUCUCAUGGGACGACAGAGGAAUCAGGUUCACAAGAUGUUGGCUGAGUUUCGUCUCAUCCCAGGACUCAACAACCUCUUUGACAAGCUGAUCUGGAGGAAGUACACCGCUUCAAACCACGUGGUGCACGGCCAGAACGAGAACUGUGACUGCAGUCCGGAAAUAUCCUUCAAAAUCCAGUUUCUGCGAUUGCUCCAGAGUUUCAGUGAUCACCACGAGAACAAGUAUCUCCUGCUCAACAGCCAGGAGCUCAACGAGCUGAGUGCCAUAUCCAUGAAGGCGAACAUCCCUGAGGUGGAAGCUCUCGUCAACACAGACAGAAGCUUAGUGUGUGACGGCAAGAAGGGCCUCCUCACGCGCCUCCUCACCGUCAUGAAGAGAGAGCCUCCAGACUCGUCGUUCAGAUUCUGGCAGGCGAGGGCGGUGGAGAGUUUUCUCAGAGGAGCCACGUCCUAUGCAGACCAAAUGUUCCUCCUGAAGAGAGGAUUACUUGAGCACAUCUUGUUCUGCAUCAUCGACAGUGGCUGCACGUCUCGAGACGUCCUUCAGAGCUACUUCGAUCUCCUCGGAGAGCUGAUGAAGUUCAACAUCGAUGCCUUCAAACGGUUCAACAAAUACGUCAACACUCCUGAAAAGUUCCAGACCUUCCUGACGCAGAUCAACAGCUCCCUGGUGGACUCCAACAUGCUGGUGCGCUGCAUCGUGCUGUCGCUGGACCGCUUUGAAAGCCAGACCGAAGACGUCAAAGUGGUGGAGGUGCUCUCCGAGUGCUGCUUGCUGUCCUACAUGGCCCGAGUGGAGAACAGGCUGUCGUUCCUCUUCCGCCUGAUCAACAUCAUUAACGUGCAGACGCUCACGCAGGAGAACGUGAGCUGUCUAAACACCAGCCUGGUGAUCCUGAUGCUGGCCAGACGAAAGGCCAAGCUGCCCUUCUAUCUGAACGCCCUGCGGGAGAAGGAGUACGCCGAGAAGUACCCGGGCUGCCUGCUCAACAACUUCCACAACCUCCUGCGCUUCUGGCAGCGCCACUACCUCAACAAGGACAAAGACAGCACCUGCCUGGAGAAUAGCUCCUGCAUCCCGUUCAGCUACUGGAAGGAGACGGUGUCGGUGCUGCUGGGCUCGGACAGGACUUCUCUGUGUGCCAUAGCCAGCUACAUCGACGAGCCCUUCAUGGACCUUGACAAGGACCUGCUGGAGGAUUGACCUGCGGCGUGCGUGCACUGGAUGCACCGUGCGCGGGUCGGGGCCGGCGGACACAGGAAGCCGCGGGCGACUCCAGCGAGCUGAGCCGCUCUGACGGCGUCGACGGCACAAAGACUCGCCCGUCUGCCGUCUGGACUUCACACGAACUCCGUCAUCGCCACGGCGAGCAGACCGGGCUGCCGUCCUCCAGUAGUUCAUCGGCCUCCUCUUGAAAGCAGGGGGACUCGUACUCCCACCACAGAUUGGCCACAUGGAACUACAGACAAUUAAAGGACCUUUGAAACGGCGCCUGCAUUGGUUGUUUGCUUUAGGUGAAAUUCAGAUAGAGCCUUUUAUAUAACCUAUACAAGAUUCUAUGAAAAAUGUGUAUGAUUCAACAAACUAUAUGGUAGAAAGAGCAGAUUCUUUUCACGUGGACUCGGUUGGGAAGCCACCAGACGAGCCUGGACUCACCGGCCUUGCUUCCCGCACUACCUUCACGCUCUGCGGCUCCACCGGCUGACCUUCGGUGGGGACGAACUGGUUUCACGGGCGUCUUCCCCCACGGAGCCUCUAAACUGUCUGUGGCUCGGUAAUUUUAAUAGGUGGCUAUCGUUGAUUGGUGCUUUCUGGCUCUACUCGACACAUUUUAGGUAGCUUGAGGGCCGGCUGACGUGUUCACAUAUCACAGAGUUCCUCUCACCUAAAAGAAAAGACAAAAAAAACAAACUGUUCUGUUGUGGCUUCUGAAGCUUCACCCAGGGACUCGUCUUUCGUUCUAUAAAUUGUAUCUGUUGAUUUUUUUUCUUUCCUUUUUGGUUUGGUUGAAAAAAAAAUAAUGGCUUUUAGAUGUGGACAGACUGUAGAAUGGAACCUUGCACACGUUUGUUUUUAUUGUUCAUGAAAUUGCUACACAUCUGUUCACCACAAACAUCUUCAUUGUGUAACCCCGUGUUGUGAGAGACGCUUCGGGAAGAGAUUAAACUAUGCAGGUUUUAGUGUCAGGAUAAGACCUUUUUGUUUCACCCCACACAGAAUUUGUUUGACGUUGAAUCAGCCAAAUAUCUGCGACCUUCUUUUUUUAGCAUUUCUCAAAAACACCUUCCAAGUACAAGCUGAGAAUGACAAUCCCUCCGGUUGCACGGCACAGGAGGUUCGGGUUGAGGAGAAACUGGGAGCGCGGCCCGGGCGUCGGCUGAACGGACGACGCGGCGUCUUACUUUGAACAGUUGGAGAAGUACAAUAGAUUCAGCUACCUCAUACUUUGAUCCCGACGCGGAGCAGAUGGAAACCUCUGCCAGUGACAAGUGUACAGAUUUGGUCCCAGCAUGUCACCGCUCAUCACGCCAUCAUGUGAAUGUAUAACGGGCAUUUCUGGCAUGAGAUACUUGCGCGAAGCCGCCUUGGGAUGCAAACAAACUCGUCUUUCUUUCUCUUCUUCUUUUUUCCUUACACUUUUGAAGCCUUUUCUUUGCUUUAAAGCCGAUUAACUCGACGUUUCCUAGCUUUCAUUCAGCAUGUCUUAACUCUCUUUCGAUGCGCGUGAACACACUCUGAAACUCGUUCAUCUUCUGUGCUUUGCCGUGAACGUUGGCGCGAGUACGCUCGACAAGUGCUUCUCUUCUGACUUCUCCGCUUCACUGAUGGAAAAUGUUCCCAGACGGUCCGUCGGCGGAGUCUCGACGCGGGACGCAGGCCGCGUCCUCCAGUACUGAUUGUGCGCCGACGCGUCCGGGAUGGAGUUCGGCGAGGCCGUCGCUAUGAAGAGCACGAAUGUUGUGAGCUCCUCAAAGUAAAUCUCUGAACCCCGACUUCUGUAGCUUUGUGAUCUGAGUUUCCGAGAGAGCGAUCUCCUCAAGACGCACAAGAGAACCGCUUCUCCACGGUUAUGUGGCGUGACGCUCCUAGUAGGCCUUAGAAUUCAUUCAUUAGUUUGUAUAGAACAUUGUCGAAUAUUAUCCUCUUGGCCAAGAACAUGCUGCAGAAUAUUACACACUCUUUGAUUUUGGAUCCCUGUUCUUUUGAAUUUAACUGUAGAUCUUUUGCGAUGUUUAGCAUGGUGAGGACAUUAUUAGACACAUUUUUAAGCUUGUCCUUCUUUCUUUCGUUUGAUCAGAUGUGAUUGUAUCUCACCUCACUGGGACUUGCUAACGGUGGACGACAUGGUGUAAAUUCUCCAAGUUAUUCUAAGAAACACCCUUUUAUUUGUUUUUUUUUAUUUUUACCUUCAUCAGCGCUGGUAUUGAAUUUUGUUUUCCUUAUUUAACAGCUGUUUGUCAAAAUAAUACUAUAAUAAAUUCUUCUUUAGACUGUC